CUCUCGUCUUCUUCUUUCCCCACCCCUCAUACGACGACAUUUUCUGGUCUAGUCGGUGGCCCGCAGUUCGAAAUGGCUUCGUCACUUGCCAAGGGUCCCUUGGUAUCGACCUUCCGAUCCAACAAUGUCCUUUCCCAGCGCUCUUCCGGUCCUCUCGCUUUCGUCUCCGCGGCCUCCCAGUGCAGGCAUUUUUCCAACUCUCCCCAACAUGGCAUGGGAAACAUGCGGGGGAUGCCCCAGAACUUCUCGGUGAAACAACCGGCACAACCGAGUACGAAAACCCGCGGUCGGGAAUUGUCGCGGGCGGACUUGCCGCAGGAUAUUGGGCUGUUGCCCGGCACAUACGUUCGACAGCUCUGGCGGGACAUGCCGUCGAUCUUUCACCAGCCGGCGGAGCGCUUGCGAUUAGAGUGGCUGUGGCUGAAGACGGGAUUUCAAAACUUUCUGGGACUUCUCGCCUACUGUAAAUGGGUAAACAAAGGAUUGCCCCUCCGACUGAAGGAGCGCCGACAGGUCGCUGGCGAACUCCACCAGCGCAUGUAUACUGCAUUCGCCGAUGGAAACCUCCCCUUACUGCGCAAGACGUGCUGUACCGGUCUGGCGAACAACCUCGGCACGCGGAUCAGCACCCGUCCCAAGGAUGAAAAGGUCACCUGGCAUCUGGACAAGUAUAUCCGCUCGCCGUCGACGUUCCUGACCGGCAUCCGUGUGGUCUCGGACCGCGCGACCCAGAUCCCCGAGCUCCCGGAUUCGGGCGUCCGCCAGGUGGUGGUUCGCAUCACGAGCCGGCAAUCCACCGGGAAAUCCAAGGUGCGGCCCCAGCGAGGCCAGCAGACGCCAGCCAACGAGGUCGAAGAAGUCGCCCCCGCCAAACAGCAGGACUGCACCGAGUACAUUGUCAUCCAGAAACUCCGCUGGGUCGGCGAGGAAACCGACUGGAAGGUUUGGGGCCAUGCUUCGCCUACGACGGUGGACAACCUCAAUGAUCCGGCUUUUGCUGCGGGGCUGACCAUGCGUGAGCGCAUGGAGGCCAUCCAAGACCAGAUGGCUGGCAAGAAAUAAGGAGACCCUCCGUUUUAACCGAGGUCCCUUAGUGUUGUCAGAGCCAGCCUGGUACGCUGAACGUUCAGGACGAUGGCUCGUCCUCUGGCUUGUGGCUACUGGGUCAAUAAGAAGACGCGACAGACGGCCAAGGUCUAUGCGAGGCUUUAAAUCCUCGACGAUUCACUUGAUUGUAUUUUACGACCAGCCCUGCAUUGACCCUCCCAUUCACCUACAGCUAUCUGGUUCACCUUUGUAUCAAAAUGCGAAUAUCCGAUCCCCAUGAUGUGUUUUGCGCUUCCUAUUUGAUCAAUCUCUCGAGUUGGUUUCUCUGGAGCCGAUUCCCAUCUGUGUCAUUACCAUUUGUACUAUAUAUCCAUCUACGCCCAUCCUGUG